GGAGGCGGCAGUGACCAGGAUGUGGAGCGGCUGUUCCGCUAUUUGUUUGCAGUUUUGCUGAAUAGAUAAUGAGACGCUGCCGAGGUAAUUAGAGCACGCUGGAGGGGUUUUUUUUUGUAUGUGUGUGGAUGCGCGGGGAGGAGGGAAGUCUUUCCUCUAAAAAAAGAACCGUAGCCAAACUCAGGGCAGCAUUGCCUGCAGAAUGUGGACGGAAAAGCAGGCGAGAGGCGCACAGUCUCCCUCACUCUGCACAACACAGUGAGAAAGAAACUCUUGGCUGCAACCGCACGGGACUUCUGAAUGGAUGCCUGACACCAGCCGUCCCUUAUGCAAAAGAUUAGCAAACUCCAAAACUUUCAGACACCAAGACGAUGGCAAGUCUCGCUGCCUUGAUUCGAGUCGGAAGCCACUUUCUCGUGUGUUUUCUGCUGGUUUUCAGCAAUUCUCGGGCGCUCGUUCGCCGGAUCUGCUGGCAAGCUAUCGUGCAGUGCCAGGUCGAGCAAGAUUGCAGCUUCGCGUACGACCAGUAUAUGGAGGCUUGCAGAUCUGUCUUAAACCUGGAGACCAGACGCUGCCCUAGCCACUGCCUUUCGGCUCUUAUCCACCUCAACCACACGCAGAACGGGCCCAUGCUCGAGAACUGCGAUUGCCUCCAGGACGAGCUCUGCAAAAGGACCAAGCGUGCUAUCGAGCCCUGCCUGCCGAGAACCCGCAACCGGGACGGGGUGAUGGGUUGUACCGAAGCCCGCCUGCAGUGCGAGACCGACCCCCAGUGCAACAACGCCAUGCGCCGCUACCUCCAGAACUGCGGCAAACUUUUCAAUGGCAUCAAGUGCACGGAUCAGUGCCGGGAGGUGAUCGAGAGCAUGCUGGUCAUCCCUAAAGCCUUGCUCCUGAAGGAAUGCGUCUGCGACGGAGCAGAUCGACCUAUCUGCGAGGCGAUCAAGGACAACAUGGCCAGACUAUGCUUCUUUGGACCUGAGCAUAGUUCUGGCAGUAGCGGCUCGGACAUGGAGCCGGAUGAUUACUGGGACUAUGAAGAAGAUCCAGGAGACAACGUUAUCAGUUAUGAUGAUGAGAAUAGAGACACAUACAGGUACUCUACAAGCGCCAGGUCAUCCUGCAAUUUCCCAGUGCCUAAUGUUUUGACUUUGAUGGCAUCCAUUUUACUACUACUACUACUAGUUCUCGGUUAUAAAUAAACAGUACAACUUUUAUUCUUCUUCAAUGAAAGAAGCUCUGCACUGCCAUCUUCAAUAUACAAAAGACAAUUUAAUAGACCUUUAUAUAAAUUUAAUUCUGGUAAGAUUUGUUUGUAUUUUCGGUUGUAUUAGAGGUGCGGAAUUAAUCUCUGGUGCAACUAGUAUAAAUCUUAUAUGACUGGGUUUUUUUUAGCCAGUCGUUGCGUGUUUGUGUAUAAAGUUACAAAUGUAUACAUUUGGGGAAUAAUUUAUUGAAAUAUAGACUUAACCACACGGCUAUGGUUUAGCAUCGAGCUGUGAAAGAAUGCAGUGAUACAUUUACCAGCGAAGUUACAGGAUUUCAAUACUUAUUCUAAAGGGAAAUUGAUUUAUAAUGAAUUGUCAGCGACUCCAGUUGAAUAGUCUCAGAUGCAACAUGGAGAUUUCGAAAGGUUGUCUUUAAAUAUGUAUUUUUGGAAAUGCAGAGAUAUAAAAAAGGCCUUGAUAGAUAUUGUUCUUUGAAAUGACUUUGUAAGGCUGUCAUUAACGUUGUAUUUUCAUAGAAGCCAUAAAAAGUCAGCUAGUUUAAAACAAAA